UUUAGACAAAAUUGGCUUAAAUUGGUGGAUUUAUUUCCACUCAGGCAAACACAGACACGCAGAAGAACGUUUCCAUGGUAACAAACACAGCCGCUGAGAACCAGAACCAGAAUCCAGUUUAUGGCCAAGUCCGCGCUCACAUACAAGGAAUUUGCUUUGGUGUUUGGUGCAGGGCAAUUAAGAUAAGAUUUAGCAUGGCUGCUGGCGACAAACUAGCAGAACUGAAUAUGACGCCAGACGAAAUAAACCGGUUCACUAAAGCCAUGAAGGAUGAGAAGUUCCGAGAGCUGUUCCAUGAGUACGCCCAGGAACUCUCAAACCCUGAGAACAAGAAGAAGUAUGAGGAGGAAAUCACACAGCUGGAGCAAGAGAGGGGCAUGGAGGUAAAAUUUAUCCAUCCGAAUGCCCACCAUGUGCUGAAGACCACUGUGAAUGGGAAAGAGAAGUGUUUUAUCAAUAUCUGUUCAAAUAACCUAAUCAACAAACCCACAUGUGAAGCCAAAAGGGCUGAAAAUGGCCAGGUUGGGCAGUGCUGGUCACUGCCGUACAGUCUAACACCUGGCAGGCCUGAUAGAGACAACAAGGGCAAUAACUGCAUGAUAUAUGAUGUUGUUUUUCAUCCAGACACACUCUACAUGGCAGACAAGAACACAAGAUUCAUGAAUCUUGUGAACAGCACUGCCACACAAGGGGUGGAGGAUGCCUUUAAAGUCACACUGGACAAAACCAAGAAGUUAUUGAAAAAUAUCAAAUACAAAGGUGUGCCUCAGUCCUCUGUAAUACGUAAACCAAUCCCUGGUCAGCCCAGGAAGGAAGAAUCCUCUCGUCACGACGAAGCUUUCCCGAUACGUUACCCAGACACUACACCAACCAAAGAUCUCAAACCUCUGUCGUCUUCUCUUCCCCAAAGUCCUGUCAAACAAAGUUCUUUACUGCCUAUACAACCACACUACACUAUCAAGUAUAGAUCACUGGUGGAUCUGCAGGACUACAGCUACUCCAGAGAAUCGGCUCCAAGUCCACGUCCGAAAGAGAUUGUCAUUACCAUAGAUUUACCACUUCUCAAUUCAGCAGCAGAUGUUGACCUCAACAUCACGGACCGAAAGCUGACUUUAGAGUCUACAAAGCCAAACUACAAACUGGAGCUACAGUUAUCCUAUCCUGUGGAUGAUGACAAAGGAGAUGCGAAAUUCAACAAGGCUAAAAAACAGCUUACUGUAACUCUGCCUGUACAGCCAGCUAAGAACCCUGCCGUGAUUCAUUUUGAGGAAAAUCAGCCUGAAAGUGAUGAUAAAGAGGUGAUGGUAAGUGCAGAUGAAGCAGUAUAUGAAACACAACUGGUCAAAGAUGAACAGAGUGAGCUGAACAUAUCAGAGGCAACUUGUGAAGCACAGCCUCAGGAAAGUGGACCUGUACAAGAAAAGGAAGAAGAAGAUACACAUUUCUUCGCUGGUGAGGUAGAAAGUUAUAACAUUAACUCUUUGGAAUCCAAAUCUAAACCUUUAUGUUUGGCCAGGGCUGAUGCAACACUCACUUAUGAUAUAAACAACACCGAGACAUUCAACUCAUCGGAAGUAAACAACACCGAGACAUCCAGCUCAUCAGAAAUAAACAACACAGAGACAUCCAGCUCAUCAGAAAUAAACAACACAGAGACAUCCAGCUCAUCAGAAAUAAACACCGAGACAUCCAGCUUAUUGGACAUAAAUAACACUGAGGCAUCUAGCUCAUCAGAAAUAAACACUGAGACAUCCAGCUCAUCAGAAAUAAACACCGAGACAUCCAGCUUAUUGGACAUAAAUAACACUGAGGCAUCUAGCUCAUCAGAAAUAAACAACACCAAGACAUCCAGCUCAUCAGAAAUAAACAUCACAGAGACAUCCAGCUCAUCAGAAAUAAACAACACCGAGACAUCCAGCUUAUUGAACAUAAACAACACUGAAGCAUCCAGCUCAUCAGAAAUAAACAACACCGAGACAUCCAGCUUAUUGGACAUAAAUAACACUGAGGCCUCUAGCUCAUCAGAAAUAAACACCGAGACAUCCAGCGUAUUGGACAUAAAUAACACUGAAGCAUCCAGCUCAUCAGAAAAUGCUAUGAAUGAGCCAAAAAAGGAUUUCCUUCCCGGUGUAUAUAUACGUACCCAAGAGACAUCCUUGGAGCCUCAUACUAAUAAUGAGACUGAAAAUAAUCAAGACAAGGAGAACGUUUCCUCAGGCAGUACAUCAGUGCAACCUUCUGUCAUUACAUCUGCUGUAAAACUUAAAAUAGCAAAUGGCUCACAACUCGAGGUUCCUGUAGUGGAGUCACAAAUGAAACAGACUGAAUCACAAUUGGAAGAAGCAUUGUAUGAUGUUCAAAAUAAUCCUGCCAACCCAUCCAAUUGGGAAACAGGAAAAUCCGAGGUGGAGCCAUCGGUCAUCAGUGAUGGACCAGACCAACUGAAUUCUCCAUUAGAAAAAGACACUAUAAAGGGUUCAUGCAGACAUCAAGUGAUGGGGGUAUUUUCUGAAGAUCAAAAUAGGUCUACCGAACUCAAUUCUACCCGAGUGCCACUAAAUGACCAAGCGGAUAAUGCUGAUUAUUCCAAACAGAGAAAAACAGAUUUCAGUGUUACCACUUCUGCCAUCCUUAGAGAGGUAAACCCUGAAGAUGGCAAUGAGGUUAUUAUUACUGACCAUACCACGUCUGCUGCGUUCUCCUUCCAGAACUCUCUGUGGUUUGAGCUUGACUAACAACAUGGCUCACUGAUGUGAAUUUAUGGCUAACAUAUUUGAUCAUGUAUUUUAUUAGUUUAUUACACAUUUGUUAAUGAUGUUUUAGUAAUGAAUAACCACAAAUGCUUUACAUAA